AUGAAGAUGUUGGAAGAAGGUCAAAAUCAAAAGGAGGAAGAGGAUGGAAUUAGUGGGUUGCCUGAUUGUUUGCUUCUUGAAAUCCUCUCUCGUUUACCCUCCACAAAAGAUGCCAUUAGAACAGGGACACUCUCUAAGCGAUGGGCACAUCUUUGGACUUGGGUACCUACUCUUAUUUUUGCACAUUACAAUCAUCCCUAUCCCUGGUCCAGUUGUAAGUGCUUACGAAAGCCUAACUCAAUUUACGACUUCGCUCGAUCGGUGGAGAAAACCCUAACUCAAUGUUGCCAUUUGAAGCUCAAGAAAUUCGAACUGCGAACCCAUUAUGAUAUUCGAUUUAAAUCUCUGUUCAAGAAUUGGAUUCGUCAUGCCAUAAGUUGUAACGUUGAAGAGCUUAACUUGGAGUUUAUGUAUCCGGAUGAGUUUUGGUUAGAUGAAUUUAUUUUCAUCAAUUCUUGUUUUACUGAUCUGAAAUUAGCAGGCUGCAAGUUGAAUCCAAGUGGGGCGAUUAGUUGGAAAAAUCUUAAGAGUUUGUAUAUUUCUUAUAUGAAAUUAGAUGAAGACUUGAUUGUAAAUAUAUUAUCUGGAAGUCCUCUAUUGGAAACUUUGGUGUUGGUAGAUUUAGAUGAUUAUACGGGGAUAUAUACUACUUCAGAUGAUGAAUCUGAAGCCAAUAUCAUGAAAAGCAACGCUUCUAAUAGUUUAUCACUAACUCAAUGUCCCCAACCGAAGCUCAAGAAAUUCAAAUUGAUCAUGCUCUACGAUAUUGAAUUUCUACUCGAAGGGUUUAUACCAAACUUCAAUAUUCCUCUACGAAUCCGGUUAUACAAAACCAUAAUUUUCGCCCAAAAAAAUCAUUCGUAUUUGCAAAUUGAAAAAGAAGAAUUGAUGGUUUAUUAUUGGAGAUCGGAUACCAUUAAAUUGGAGAUAUUGUACUACGGAUUUUUCUGUUAUGAUGGUUUUACAAAGAUUAAAUGGCUGGUAAAGCAAUAUAAAGAUGGUCGAAGGCUUCAUACCGAAAUUCAGCAAUCAGAUACAAUUUCUUGUGGGUUUUGCGCUGGUGUUUGA